AUGGCCUAUCAAAGCUACAAUCGCGUCGUGGAACCCUACGACCAUUUGGGGGACGCGGGCGUUGGAACGGUAUAUCAAAGCCCAGCAUCAUAUUCGCAGCCAUGGGUACAACGCGAUGGAGACCUGAGCUCUCCCGAGAUCGAGAUGCACCAUACUUCACGGCCAGGUGCUCCAACCCAUCGCGCGAGUGGGAACUCGGAGUAUUCGACCACCUCGACCCUAUUCCCCAGCAAUGGUGAACCAAAUGGCGAACAGCAUUCAUUCCUCAAUGACCCCAUAAACAAACUCGACCAGACCUUCACUACGAAUUCAUACGUCCCGUAUAAAGACAACACAGGGAGGCAAUUGCGACACAUCUUGAUUGGAAGCUCCAGCCGGUUCCUUAUUACGGCGGCACUUUGCGCGGGGUAUUUGAUCGCAACGGUUGUGUGGAGGAAUAAGGGUGUGCAGAGCGAGGAUCAAAAGAGGUUGUACAACACGAUCAGUACGGGAAUAAGCAUUAUGCUCAGUUUGAAUAUUGCGAGUUCUUUCAAGGAUAUGGCGUUGAAUAUGCGGUGGCCAAUUCUCAGCUCCAAGAAGCGGAGUCUCGAGGAAAUUGAUCUUAUUCUCCAUGCUGAUAGUAUGACGAAGCUUGGCAAGCUGGCCUUUACCGCAAAGAGCCCUGCCGUGAUUCUCACAUGUCUCUCUUGGCUUCUUAUCAAUAUUCUUGCUCAAGCGGGGGUCGCCGUUUUGGGUCUGACAUAUAGCUGGGAUACUGACUACAGUGCGGUUCUCAAAAGCGACCAUCCAGGGGAUAUCUCCGUUCCUAAUAUGGAUCAUUUCUACCCAGGUGCCAUAAAAGGCAAUUUUAGCGAACAGGACGAAGAGUAUACGGCACAUGUAUACGGAGGGUUAGCAUGGGACUUCAAAGUCGACGACAUUGUAAACGCACCAAAAUACGGGGAGAUCUACAACAACUCCGCCGCCAAGUUUUUCCAGGACUACUCGAAAAACAGUCUUGAGUACACGUUCUUGAACUCUCCCGCAGGCACUCUAGGGGGUUUUGAUACCUUUUCCAUGUACUCCGACCGGACAAUCAACGUUACGUAUAAAUGCGACUCGCACAAAGUUAUAGCCAAUGGCAAUGGCUCAUUUAACAACAUCACCGUUGGCGACGGUAUCGGCGAAGUCUCCAUUUCCAAUUUGGUAGAAGAAUCGACCAGCUUCUUUACGAACAUGCCAAACAACGGAACGUAUUACUUUCCCAAUACAUGUGAUGAUAACAAUCGCUGCAGUAUUGUUGAGGCCUUUGAAGCCUCAAAGACUGAUCCUUGGUAUUACAAAUGCAAUAUCACAGUUGGCAAGACUACGAAUGACCCUUCGAACGAUUCCUGGGUAUCGGACGACAUGGCUUUCUUGGCAGCUAGUUCGAUUGCCCAAAUCGGCUAUACGGAUGAGAAUGGACAAGAAGUUCAAAUUUACCCCAAUGGCAGCUACGUGGGAGUUCCCUUGUAUGGCAAUACCACGAAAAUGGGCAUGACCAUGUCAACGUUUGCUAUCGGAGCAAUUGGUGGGGCCUCGAUGUACAACCCUACGAAAAUCACCAAAGGGAUAGUCCCCAGUCAAGGUUCCAAGCUGGAUGUAGGGCAUCAAUACUUCUUCUAUACUAUCAUCGGCUUGAUUAUGGGGUGCCACUUGCUAUUCUGCACGAUUGUAGCCGUCUUGGCGAACAGAGUCACGGUGGGACCUGAUGGGCAUCUUGCGAUGAGUCUGCUCUUGCGACCGAUUGCGGAUAAGCUGGAGGGUGUAAGUGGUGGGAGGAAGAACAAUGCGUAUAAGAACGCGACGAAGAGGACGAGUGCACGGUAUGAGAAGGCAGGGAAUGGGAGAUGGGUUUUGAAUACGACGUGA